AUGUCAGAUACAGAGGAAGAUUCAACCUGCUCGGAUAGCUGGCCCAUCACCGAGGAUUGGUUAAUGGAGGUUCUCAAGAAACAUCACGAGGUGCGGUCCGGAAUCAAAAUUACCGACUUUAAAGUGAAACAAGGCUGUCAGGAUGGGGUGAAUAAUCUAAGCGAUAUCCUAUCCGUAUCCGUGGUAUAUGAAUUUGAAAGAAAUGUCGGUGAUGGUACUGAACAAUCGUUGGAUAUUGUAGUUAAGCUGCUACCGCAGGAUCCAUUCAGCCGCUACUUUGUAACAGAGGCUCAGUUCGAUCUAAGGGAAAUCAAAUUUUAUACAAGUAUCCUUCCAGACCUAAUGGCAUUUCAAGAGCAGUACAUCCCGAAAGAGCUCGGUAACAUGGUGAUAUCAGUGCCAACCUGUUUCUACACGCAAUAUGCACCGAUCGGAAACAACACUAACACGUCUCUUAGCAGUCCCGAUUCAACAGAGAGUAUACUAGUACUGGAGGACAUGCGAUCCCUUGGUUACAAAGGAGCUAAUUUUACAACUGGUCUUUCCCUCGGUCAAACCGAAGCAGCCAUUCGCGCCAUCGUAACAGUGCAUGCGCUCUCGCUGGGACUCAAGAUAAAAAAGAAAGUAGAUCUCAAUGAGAAGUAUCCGUUCCUGUUCCAAACGACACGUGCAACUGAGAGCUACCAGCAGUUAGUCGAACAAGGAAUGCCUCAACUAACAAAAUUCCUUGAACUGAAACCUGGUUUUGAAAAUGAACUGAAAGCACUGAGCAAGAUUCGUCCCAAAACGAAGCUUCUUAUAGAAACAUUGCUGCAACCUAUCGAACCCAUGGGGCUGAUCACACACACGGAUUUCUGGUGCAAUAAUUUGCUGUUCCGUAGCGAACCGGACGAUGAGCGGACCGACAGUUGCACUAUUCUUGACUGGCAAAUGGUAACGUACAGCCGUCCAACGAAUGAUCUUGCCUUGUUGCUGAUAUCGUCCAUUCCGUCCAACACGCGACGCCAGCAUACGUCCCGACUGCUUGACCUCUACUACGGGGCUCUAAAGUCCUACUGCCUUAAGAUGGAUGUCGAUAUUGAGGCGGAUCUUGGAUACAGUCGUAACAAAAUGGAUUGCGAGUAUCGACAGUCCCUACUGCUUGCGUUACUGUUAUGCAUCGGGUCGGUAGAUAUCGCUAUCGGUAAUCCGACGGCGGAGCAACGGCUCCUGGAUGUUUUACGGGACUUUUACGAAGAGGGUGUCCUGAGUCUCGAGGGCUAUGUUUAAAAAAUACUUCUCGUUACAUGUUUUUUCAAACAUCCAAAGAAAGUUUACGAACACAACAUAAGCGUUAGUGUUUUACCAAAUCACACACACACACACACAACCAUUUUCGAAUGACAGACACGAUGCGAUGUUAUACAUUAAUCUACAGGGUAUGAUUCGAGCCACUCAAAGAGUGGUUUAAGAAAUUGUUCUAGACAUUGAGUUGCAAAACUUUGCUAACAAACAUUUCAUUUGAUAAUUAUUGCCCCUCUAGCCUGUAACAAUGGUUUUAAUCGUGCUUCUGCAUUACAUUAAAAACAAAAAAAAAAACAAAACAAAACGGAAACAGAAUUUGAAAAUGCACAAAAGAGUACAGCUAUUUCAAUUUUACUGCAGGGUUGGUGGAUUAUUAUGCUUAAGCGCAUAUUUAAG